GCGUCUCGUAAAUGGAGAUGCAAGUAUCUGCGUGAUUAGUUUCCCUUCUGGAGGUCAUGUUCUCGCAGGGCCCUUCCAAAGCUUCACAGGCUUUCAGGAAACGAGGCCGCAGAGAAUCGUGGUUUGUGAUAUCCAGAUGGAGGAUUGGGCAGCUGGUAUUUUCAUCCAGGCUUCUUUUUGUUGAAGCUGCUGCCAGUGGCACGGUACAAGACCUGGCCACUGGAAACUUUUCAGAAGCUGUCUCUAGGCCAGGGCUGAGCUUCGUGGAGUUCUAUGCGCCCUGGUGCGGACACUGCAAGAAACUGGUACCAGAAUGGGAAAGGACAGCAGAGCUUUGCCAAGAAGCUGACAUCCUAGUCGCCAAGGUAGAUGCUAUCGCCCACAAGUCUCUUGCCCAAGAGCAUGAGGUGCAGUCCUUUCCAACUUUGAGACUUUACAAAGGUGGCCCGAAGGUGUCGGUGAAGUAUGAAGGCCCUCGUACUGGCGACAAGAUGGCAGAGUGGGCAAAGGGCAAGCUCACGGAGCAGCUGGUGGAGCGCCUUGGCGCAUCAGCAGAUGGCAUUUUGUCUUGGGCGUCGAAGAAGCCUGUGGCAGUCGUAGGGUUGCUGGACGGUAUUUUGGAAAGCAGCAUGCUUGAUGAAGUCCUAGAGGAUGUGUCCUUUGCCUUGAACCCCAAAGGAGCUGGAGGCGAAGUGGCAGUUGGUAUUGUGGAGAGCACACCCACUGCUCUCCUACAAGGCCUAGGUUCUGGCAACCAGAAGCUGCCUUGUGUCGCGUUGCUGCGCAACUUCGACUUUGAGGAGAAGGUGCUCUUCUUUCAGGCUGAGCAAAGUUGGAAGCAAAGCUUUGAAUCCAUGAUGUCUUGGAUUGCCAAAAAGCGAGUCCCAGCUUUGAUCCCGGGAUCAGAGCAGACGGAGAAGUUCUUUUUGCAAGAGAUUGAUCCUGGAAAUGGAUUAGUGUUGUACUUCGGUGAGGAUGACAAGCUUCGACGAGAUCUGCACGAACUGGCGGUGGCCUCGUCGAAAGAGAAACGGCUAAAAUGGGUCCACUUGAAGAGCAACACUUUUGGGGACAGCCUCGCCAAGAGCGUUGGAAUGAGCAAAGCAGACUUUCCAGAGGUGGCCAUUUGGGAGUUUGGAGAGACCGAGGAGGAGGACAAGGUGUAUCGCCUGUCGCAGCAAAGUUCUGGUGCCACCUUCUCACGUUCCAGCGUGGAGGACUUCGUGAAGUUUUGGCGGCAGGGCAGGCUUUCUGCAGAGAAGGAUCCUGUGAAAACAGUCACCAGCGACACCUUUGACAGCGUGGUGAUCAACAACCAGAAAGAUGUGCUGGUGGAGUUAUACGCUCCAUGGUGUGGCCAUUGCAAGGCAUUGGCACCGGAGUACAAGCUCGUGGCUCAGCACUACGCGAAGGAUGAGGAUGUCGAGAUUGUGAAGAUGGACGCAACAAAGCACAAGCAUCCGUCUGCAGAGAUCAAAAGCUACCCUACACUGAAGCUCUAUGCGAAGGGUAAGAAGGAUACGCCCAUUGACGGUGAGUUCAAGUCUACACGCACCAAGGAUGGAAUCCUGGAAUUCGUUGAGAAGCAUCGGGCAUCAAAAUCUGGGAAGGGCGGGAAGAAAAAAGAUGGCCCUCAGCCAGAGUCUGCCAAACCUCCGCCAUCGUCACCGGGCACCGUUCCAACGGCGCCUAGUGUAAGCUCGUCUCCAAAGCCACAAACGACACAGGACGGAUUUUGGGUAUUCGACGACAACAUGGAUCCCAACACCCAGGGUCAGGAGCUAAGCGAGGACAUGAUCCACUCUCUGAAUGGAUACACCUUGGUGCAGGUAGGUGACCUCGGUCUGCUUCUUUCUGCCGAUGGCAGCACCCGCGCUGUGAGACGCUUCAGGUCCUUGGCCGAGGUGAAGUUGCCCAAAACCAAGGAAGGGACGUCUGGAAGCUUCCCGUGUCCGACAGAUCCCGGAAUAGAAAGUUGCAAGGUCUGGUGUCAAGGAGUGGCAAGCGACUCAACGCAGCUUCAUGCCACCUUCGCUGGCAAGAGCUGCUCGGAACAACCGCAGUCCAUCUCAGACCAACCGGCCUGCACAUGUUAUGAUUCAGAGUACAAAGUCCAGCUGGCAAUGUGCAUCGCUCCCUGCAAAGGUGGCAAGGAACCAAAGUUGCCAAAAUUGCAAGGUGAGACUUGCAAAGCUGGAGAUGGCAAGUGCAGCGCAGGCGAAAACACAUCUCCUCGCUUUGUCCUCUACGAUACCAAGUAUGGCGAGGGCUUCAACUUGCAGCGCGAGGUGUACCCCCGAGCCGGUUGGGUGGUUGCAGAGGUGAACAAGGCAUUGGAUGCGAAGUGCGGAGCAAAGCUCGAUGGUGAGUGUGCUCGCUUUGUCCUGGUGCUGCCUCCAUGGUGCCAGGUAGUGCACUGGUGGACCGGCCCAGAUCAUGUCUACUGGCGUACUUUCUUUGACUCCAAAGCCUUGAAAGGCUCCAAGGUACCAGUCAUAGAAUUUGAUGAGUACGUGGAGAUCGUGAAAGGCCAAAAAGUCGACAUGGCAGUGUCUUUGGAGACAGACAACCUGAAGUCGCAGAAGGAGACCCUGAAGAAUGGCCGUGGCAAAUUCUUGGGCUUUGCGAAGAGCGUCAGUGACUGCAAGACCAAGUAUGUGAAGCCCUUGGAGUUCCAAAAGCUGCCAAGUGGCGAUUUGCAAAUCGUGUAUGCUGGUCAUUGCGAUGGUGCCAUAGCCACCAAGGAGCUGAAAUGCGCAGCCUUAGAUGGGCCAUGGCCGGAAGGGGUGGUGGACCUGAUCCUCACCCUGAAGCCGAAGAUUCAGUCCAUCCUUCUCAAGAAUUACGACUACCUCUUAGCCCCGGACAAUGAAAAGCUGGAUGCACUAGGUCUUCGCGAGUCAAUGCUGUUUGCGCCGGACCUGAGAGACGUUGCAGAGAGGUUUAUCCAGAAUGCGUUCAAGGGCAAUAAGUACCUGGCUGCUCAUUGCCGCCGCACGGACUUCUUAAGAGCACGAGAAAAAACGACUCCAGAUGUCAGCAACAUUGCCAUGAAACUAAAUGAGGUGCUGGAACAGGAGGGUAUCCAACAGGUCUUUAUCGCGACUGAUGCGCAAGAUGACUUGCGAUCGGAGCUUCAGAAGCAGGUGAAAGCUUCGGUGGUGUUCUAUGAUUCUGCCAAUGGCGCCAUCAAGUUUGACCACAAGGGCAAGCAGGCUCUUGAAUUGACGUCCUAUCUCUGCAAAGAACAAGCAGACGCCAUCAAGAUGCCGACGCUUGGAGGGGCCGAAUGCAUGGUUUGGCGACGUUUUCAUUGUUCCAAAUCAGCGCCGAUGGCGACAGGGCGGAUUCAGCGUGCGGCAAAGUGCCGGCAUAGCUGGCAGCUCUGAACCCAUCCACCUCCCAACACACACCGCUCCCGCCGCCUGGAGCAGAACAACAACAGAUCAGAUCAAAACAGAUCAAAUAUGC